CAAGCCUUCACGAGCAGUCAACUUUGGAGAAGCCAUUGAUUGCGUGAAAUGGAGCCGGAGCACUGCCGGAAUGAGCUGAAUGCCUUGGUUUGCGACUUCGUAGAACGGCUGUGCUUGAAGGCCAGCUGCGCAGCUUUGCAGCCCCCCUUGCUAGCAGAGAAGCUGCCGUUGGGGUUGUCAGUGGCAGCACCAAAGCGCACUGCAGCAUCACUGCGCUGGCUACUACGCGGCGAGCGUCCAGCCAAUGCCCCAUGCGAUCCAUCGGAGCAGGAAGAGGCAGGCUUGGCCGUCGUUGACCUUUGUGCGCUGCUGGUCUCUGAAACAGUCCUGGUGCACUACACGCCACGUCCGAAAGGCAUUACUCCGCCACCAAUCCAGCAGAGUGGUGAGGAGGCCAUAGAUGAGAAGUAUUGGAAAAGGCGAUACAACUAUUUUGCCCGCUUCGACGAAGGCAUACGCAUGGAUCCAGGAGCUUGGUUUGAGGUAACUCCUGAGAGCGUUGCGCGGCACAUCGCGGAUCGCUUUCAAUACGACACAGUUGUUGAUGGCACUUGCGGUGUUGGUGGCAAUGCAAUUCAGUUUGCAAUGACAUCACGCAGUGUUGUCGCUGUGGACACUGACGCCCAGCGUUUGGCUGAUGCGAGGCAUAAUGCAAGAAUCUAUGGUGUGGCUGAUCGCAUCCGCUUUGUACACGAUGACUUCGUGAAAUUUGCUGACAACUACACUGGAGCUCCUGUAGAUGCGGUGUUCUUAUCACCUCCAUGGGGUGGGCCCGGACAUUUGGAUUGCCCACAUUUCUCCUUGAGGGAUGUGCAGGUCCCAGAUAUUAUGCAGCUGUUUGCUGCUGCUGCUAAGCUGUGUCCUCGAGUAGCUCUUUAUUUGCCCAGGCAUACUGAUUUGCACGAAGUAGCCAUCCUGGCUGCUCAGCAUGGUUUCCCUGCUGUGGAGGUGGAGAAGGUCUUCUUCCAACAUCCAACUCCCCACCUGAAGCUGGUGGUAGUCUACUUCUCCAGUGAUGUUGCGCAGCAAGGCAUUCCCAAGAGCAUCACACAGAAGUCUGUGGGGCGCGAUCGGGCCCAGCGCUUGAUGCAGUCGAAAGCAUCAGUCCCAGAACUGCUGAGUGCAAGCGCGGCGGGAGUGCUUUUGCGUGCAGUCUACUGCCGGAGCUACCUUGGAAGAUUUGUAGUCAGCCUCGCGCUGCGGUUGGAAGAAGGCGAAAGUGUCACAGGUAGAACUUGCAAAGCACCACACCGAGGACAGGGCCAGCCCAGACAGCGACUACGGUCUGGCGGGAAGGGAUCGUGCAGCAACCCUGUGGAGAUCCAACGUGCGACGGCUCAGAAUCUUUGUGAGGCUUUUGGAACUACGGCUGUUGAAAGCGAUGCACUGGUCUCUGCGCGGGAGCUACUUGCCGAGGUGCCCUUGACGAAUGCCCUCACCCUGGCCAAAAAUGCAGUCCAGGCCUCUGGUGAAGACUUUGGAAAGUUGAGUUCCCAGUUGAGCGCACAUGACAUGCACAAAUCAACCAGCAUUGUUCGUCAAACUUGUCUCAGCAGGUUUCGCCACUCUUCUUGGUGCACGUCUGCGGAGCAAUGUUCUACAACCGUUUUGAUAAAUCUGGGUCCGUUCGCUUGACAGAGGUCCAUUCUUAGACUUGGCCGAGAGAAGUACCCCGAGGCCUAUCGAAUGGUGCUCGAUAAACGCAAGGCUGAGUUGAUGGCUCGGACAGCUUUGACGUGAAAAAA